UCCCUAUAUACUUUUCACCGACCACAAGCACAACACUAUAUGAUUAUCAAGCUCUCAUCUCUGUUCUCAAUCUAUAAAUUACCGAGAUUGUCAUGGAGCUGUCUGUAAAGACGGUAAUUGAUAUAUUGCGUCGGUUGCCUUCGAAAUCCCUUGCGAGGUUUAAAUGUGUGUCUAGGAGUUGGGCACUACAUGUAUCUGACUGCCGUUCUCCGAGAUUGUGUACUCGUACAAUUGGAUUCUUUUACCAAGCUAUACGUACACACGCCCAAAUUCAUUUUCUCUUCACUUCACCGGAGAUGGUUAAAGAAAAUUUCGACGAGUCUGUAAAUUUUCUACAUGGUUGUCGCCUAUACAUUAUUGCAUCAUCAAUGGGAUUUCUCCUUUGCUGUGAGCAAGAAAUAUAUCAACGACAUUACUAUGUUUAUAAUCCUGUCACAAGGCAAUACUUUGCCCUCCCAGAAGUAAAAACAUGCACUAACCAUGUCGAGGUUGGGAUAAAAGUACAAACAUGUGCUAAGUAUGUUGCGAUUGGGUUUAAUUGCAAGUUGGAUGACCCAAUUAGUAAGGAUGUUAUCUCGUUCACGAUAGUUCGUUAUAAGGUGCCUGCUGAAUCAACGGUAACAAUUGAAAGUUUCUCUUCUCAAACUAAUGCAUGGACUGAAAUAACCCUUGCACUUGAAAAUCCUCUUGAUUUUCAGCCCUCCUUUUACCACCCUUCAAAGUGGCCAAAAUCAGGAGGCGCUAUCGAAGGAGUAUUCUAUUGGCUUGACUUUGAACCUCGAAUCAACCUAUACGAUUCUGUGAAUAUGUGUUUUUGGUCUCUGGACUUACCUGAUAGGCUCGACUAUUUACAUAUGAGAUCUCUAGGUGUAUCAGGGGGAAUUCUCUGUUUUGCAAGUAUGUGUUGUGGACUCACGGUUUGGCAGCUGAAGAGCAAUAUACGGGACAGGACAGCGCUAUGGGACAUGAAGUACACUAAUUUAUGUGUUUUUGAAGCCUUUAACACUUGUCCGGAGACCUUAGGACUUCUUCAUCGCUGUGGGCUAGGACAUAGAAUAAAUUAUAAUUUUGAUCGUGAUAUGGUAUUUCACCCUUAUGAACCACAAAUUCUUAUUGUUCUUAAUAUAAAAGAAUAUGGUAAGUUUCUGAUGUGCUACGACAUGGACAAUUCUUCUGCAAAGUUAGUAUGUAACUUUGGCAAUCGCAAAACAUACACCAAUAUAUUUCCUUAUGAGUGGCAAGAAUGGCCACUUCUUCUUUAGGCAUCUUGCUGUUUUUGAAUUAUUAUUGGUAUG